AUGACUCUCCUUCGAGAUAUCUCGCUGAAAACGUGCCAAAACAGCUCGAAUGGUGGAUGUUGCCCGGUUGGGACAGUGUGCGAGGGGAGUGGUGGCUGCUGCCCAGAAGGCACGGCGUGUAGAGGGGCGGCCCCUUGGUGUGGAGAGCAGUACGCCGUCCCGUGUGACAACUAUGACUUUUGUUGUCUACAAGACCAGUACUGCUAUCUCGACAAUCAUAUACCUUCCUGCAGUGAUACACCAGUGACGACCUCCAAUUCCAUUUCCCAAGCAACGACUUCACCUCCGAGCAUUACCUUGCCCCAAGCAACGACUUCACCUCCAAGCACUACCUCGACCCAAGCAACGACUUCACCUCCAAGCACUACCUCGACCGGAGGGGGUGCCGUCGGCUCUAUCACUUCUCUUAUCGGCGGCUUGGCCAACAGCGGGACUCUUACCACUGGACUGAGAGGACCGAGCGUUUUGGCAACGAUAGGCGUAUUAAGUGUCGCCCUCGCACUCGCAUGA